AUGCAGAGUUUGACAGAAGAGAAGACCAUGUCUUUUUGUAAUUUUCCUUUCACUGCUGACAAGACUGUGAAGAACAGGCCGUUGAUAGUGUCUGUGGAGAACUUCUAUCCAGGUGAAGAUCUGAGCAAGAGAAACGGCGUGAAGAGAGACAAUCGAAGACUUCACAAAAUCCUCAGCAAGCUCGGCUUCUCUGUGGACAUCAGAAUGGACAUGAAUGCAGAUGAGAUCUAUAAAGCAUUUAAAGCAGAGAGCCAGAAGACGGUCAAAGACUGUUUUGUGGGCGUCAUAUCCAGUCAUGGUGAGGAGGGGGUUGUGUUUGGCGCUGAUGGACGUGCUGUGAAACUGGCUGAGAUCUACAGCUACUUUGGAGGUCCAUCAAUGGCAGACAAGAGCAAACUCUUUCUGAUCCAGGCUUGUCGAGGGCAUGGGUUGGAUGAAGGUGUGGAGGCUGACUCUUCAUUCUCAGAGGAAGAGGACGGCAUGUCUGAGCUCUUUUCCAUCCCUAUUGACACAGCAGUCAUGUACGCCACAUCUCCAGGUUACGGUGCAUUCAUGCAUCCUCUGGGCUCGGCGUUGAUUCAAACCUUUUGUAAAUUGCUAGAAGAGGAAGGAGGUCCGGAUCUGGAGAUCACAAGACUCCUGACUCGAAUAAACUUCCAGGUGGCCUACAACUUUGAAUCCAGAGGGAAACGGUUGGGCGGCAAGAAACAGAUGCUGUGCUUUGUGACCCGCUUUACCAGAGAGGUUUUCCCAUUCAGAAAGAUGGCAGCAGCCGAAGAUUUGAGCGUGACAUUUGCAGCCACGCAGCUUAUCGAUGAACUCAAUCGAUCACGGAAGAGCUCCAUCAGCUGAACAGAGACGGACUGGAAGAAUAUGUGGAGAAACUGAUUCAUGUUAGAUAUCACAUUAUC